AUGUUGGAGCUGCUGCUGCUGGCUGGAGUUCUGCUGGGAGGAUACGUCUUCCUCACACACACACUCUUCAAAAGGUCCAAAUGUAAAGGAAACCUGGGAAUGGCGGGAAAGACCGUCAUCAUCACAGGAGGGAACACCGGCAUCGGCAAGGCGACGGCGCUGCAUCUGGCCCGUAGAGGAGCCCGAGUGAUCCUGGCCUGCAGGAACCGGGCCAAGGCCGAGGCCGCCAUGGCUGACAUACAGCAGGAAACAGGAAGUGCUGAUGUCGGCUACAUGCAGCUCGACCUCGCGAGUCUCACGUCGGUUCGAAGCUUCACAGAAACGUUCCUACAAACUGAAUCAAGACUCGAUCUGCUCAUUAACAACGCUGGUCUGGUGGCUGACGGCCGGACCGAGGACGGGUUCGGGAUCCAGUUCGGCGUGAACCACCUGGGUCACUUCCUGUUGACGUGCCGGCUGCUGGAGAGGCUGAAGGAGGCGGGAGGAGGACGCGUCAUCACUCUGUCCUCCAUGGCCUACCGCUGGGGACACAUCGACUUCCAGACUCUGGCGGAGACCAAGCACCUGGGGACGGGCAGGUACAGCUGGCAGUUCUUCUCAGCGUACUGCAGCAGCAAACUGUGCAACGUGCUCUUCACCCGCGAGCUCGCCAAGCGGCUGGAAGGAACCAACGUCACCUGCUACAGCGUCCACCCAGGCGUCGUGAAGACCGAGCUGUCCAGAAACGUUAGCCUGUGGCAGAAGUUCUUCAUCGAGCCGAUCGCCCGGCUGCUGUUCCUGGACCCGGUGGCGGGCGCUCAGACCACGCUGCACUGCGCUCUGCAGGAGGGAAUCGAACCUCUGAGCGGGCGCUACUUCUCCUGCUGCGCCGCGCAGGAAGUGUGCGGCCAAGCACGAGACGACGCCGUGGCCCGGAAACUGUGGGAGGUCAGCGAGAAGUUCAGCGGACUCUCUUAA